AUGGAAGAUGGCACGUUCGACCCCGAGCGCUGCGCCGCGCUACACAACCAAAUUCUUCAGAGGGCCAUAGCACAGAGCCCGCACGAGGUACCUGAGGUCGGUCGCAGUAUCCGCCGGGAUCUCGUCAGACGCAUGCGCGAGCGCGUACCGGCCUGCGCAACAUGGAUCCUCGACACGGACCGCGAUGCUGAAGGGUCUGAUGAUGAUAGUGAAGACGGCAUGGACGAUGGCAGCGACGACUGUGAUCGCGACGGUGAGAAUGAUGCACGCGACGCAAAGCCACUGGAGCAGCGCAGGAUCUAUCGCUUCUUCUCCCAGCUCGACAGCUUCCGCCCUGACAGCUUGCCUCUCACCGCUGAGUUUCGUCAGCCCGAUCCGCAGUGUAUGAAAAUACACGGAACCGUGUUCGGCGAGUCGGAUGAUCGCGAGAUUAUCUUACUCUACCCGGAUAACCUCACCGAUACGUAUAUGGACGGUGGGCUCUACCUGGACCUAGACAGCUUUUAUGCUACGAGCUGGCGGCUCGAUAUAUCGCAGCUUCCGCCCGAUGAAUCGCCGUCGUGGCUCCCUCUAGAGGUCGUCCUCGUGAAGAUGCUCGAGAUGUGGGAUCGAGGUAAAUUCUGUAGGGAUUCGUGGAGCAAUGCAAUAGAUUUCGUGCCUUGGGUAGUGCGAGAUCUCGAAGACGCUCUCGAAGCGUGGGAUGAGCUCCUUGUCGCUAUCACGGAGAGGAUGCCCGGAUUACCUCCAUCUACCGAAAAGGAGUCAAUGCUCCCGGCCGAUCUUGUCGAGCAAUACGAGAUCAGCCCGUUUGGUAAAGCGUUCCUCUCGAGCGCCUCGCGACCUCGGUGCAGAUUCGUCGCACCGGGGCUUACGACAUUCACAACCGAUAGCUUUUCAUCCCUUAUGGAUGCCGAAGACGACGCCUCUCCGCGUCGCAGGUUCAACGCCUCGGCUCCUGAGGGCAGCGGCAUGUUCGCUUGCUGCCUUCUUCCGUCGGUAACCGAUACCGUGUCGGCGACACCUGACGAUCCGACCUUUGACCGUGGCUGGGGCGUAGGUAAAUUCACCAUUGCCCGCCGACCGGGCCUCUAUGUUCAAGGCCACGAGUUUGCCGACGGGACGCUCUUGAUUACGGAUCGAGGUAUAGCGAACACUUGGUCCUUCACGGUGAGAAGGCCAUGGGGCGAGGAGAGGCCGCUGAGGCUUGUAGAGAUGCUCGACGCGUGGAUCGACUGUGUGAGGAGCGGGACGUGGGACGUGGGCGAGGAGGGCGUGGUUACGUCAAAUGCCUGGUUCGCAGACCCCCAGACGAAGGACGACAGGACACUACCAUGGUUGUUGCAUUUUCUAUGA